AAUAGGAAGUUUUAAUUUUGUAAAAGGAUUGAUGCAAGUUUACACUUGAAAACUCAAUUACGAAAUUGAUGGUGUUUGAUAUGUCAAGAAAAUGACCGAGAAUUUGUGGAGGAGAUGAAUACGUGUGUAUCUAACUUUGAUAUUUCCUUGGUAUCUAUGAUCUCAUUGCAAAAAACUCUAAAGUUCAUUUGUACGGUUGAGCUCUUAACAAAAUUAUUAUAAUUGAUCAACAUAUUGAUGACAUUCGAACUUGACAUUGUUUUAGGCUUCUCUUUCUAUCGUGUAGCACAAUGAAACUAACGUAUCUAGUGUUGGACUUAAGACCAACUCCAUAGAUAGAUGUUAAUAUGCCCAGUGUUCUGAUAACUCAGUUUCUUGUUCUUCGUCAUAGUACUAAAUUACGAAAUAUACACCCAAAAAAACUCAUAAUUAACAGUUGAAAGAUUAUCACUACCAUGUGCAAGUGCAUUAAACUAAAAGAAAUUCGAGAGUGGAGAUUUGAAAAUGUCAACUAUCCAUGGCCUCUCCAUUACAAAAUCCGAAUACUAUUCCACCGAAUCUCCGACCAAACGCACCCAACGGAAAGAAUGAACAUCGUCUUCUUCCUCUCAGCUUUCUUACUCUUCACCGGCGAUGCCAGCUCCUCCGACUUCCCCAUCGACGAAGCCACCAUCGCCGAAAUCCAAAAUGCCUUUUCCCAAAACAAACUCACCACCACACAACUUCUCGAACAUUAUCUCAACAAGAUCCACUUCCUCAAUCCAGUCCUCAAAAGCGUUCUCGAAGUGAACCCAGAUGCAAGAGCUCAAGCGGAAGCCGCCGAUCGAGAGAGGCUCCUCGCCGGGGGAAAAGCCCUAGGCGAACUCCAUGGAAUUCCAAUUCUGCUCAAGGACGCCAUUGCGACCAAGGAUCGCCUCAAUACAACCGCCGGAUCCUUCGCGUUGCUGGGUUCGGUGGUGCCUCGAGAUGCGACGGUGGUUAGUCGCCUGAGGAACGCCGGCGCGGUGAUUUUGGGGAAAACUUCGCUUACAGAGUGGUAUGGGUCUCGUUCUUUGAAGAUUCCCAAUGGAUGGUGUGCCCGUGGUGGUCAAGCGGUGAACCCAUAUGGAAAAGGAGGGGAUCCAUGUGGGUCAAGCAGUGGGUCUGCAAUAUCGGUCGCGGCGAACAUGGUGACCGUGUCUUUGGGAACGGAAACUGAUGGGUCAAUUCUGUGUCCGGCCGAUUACAACUCGGUGGUUGGCAUCAAACCCACCGUCGGUCUCACGAGCCGGGCCGGCGUUAUCCCUAUCUCUCCUCGCCAAGACACAAUUGGGCCCAUAUGUAGGACAGUUUCAGAUGCUGUUUAUGUUCUUGAAGCUAUUGUGGGAUUUGACCCAAUGGACUGUGAGGCAACCAAGGAAGCAUCUCAGUUCAUACCUUCAGGUGGUUACAAACAGUUUCUGAGGAAAGAUGGGCUUAAAGGAAAGAGAUUGGGCAUUGUUAGGCAUCCCUUUUUUGACUUGUAUCCCAAUGACUCCAUGGCCAUUCCAACCUUUGAGCAACAUCUCAAUCUGUUAAGGAAAAGUGGAGCAACCAUUGUAGAUAACCUUCAAAUAACAAAUGUAGAUGUCAUUUUGAAUCCUUUUGGAAGUGGUGAAUUUAUUGCAACCAUAGCUGAGUUCAAGCUUGGCAUAAAUGAUUACCUCAAGAAACUGAUCCAAAGUCCAGUUAGAUCUCUAGCUGACAUUAUUGCCUUCAACAAUAACCACCCCGAACUGGAGAACAUGAAAGAGUAUGGUCAAGAUGCCUUUCUUUUAUCUGAACAAACCGAUGGCAUCGGAGAGACGGAGAAGGAGGCAAUUAGUAGGAUGAUGAACUUAUCGCUAUAUGGGUUCGAAGAAAUAAUGAAAGGCAACAGUCUGGAUGCAAUGAUAACAUUAGGGACAGGAGCAGAAGGUGUCCUAGCAAUUGGGGGAUACCCUGCAAUUAGUGUCCCUGCUGGAUAUGAGGGAAAUGGAGAGCCAUUUGGUAUUCUGUUGGGAGGUCUCAAAGGGACUGAACCAAAGCUAAUUGAGAUUGCUUAUGCAUAUGAACAAGCCACCAUGGUACGAAGGCCACCUCCUCUUCUUUCUCAAUUAUCAAGUUUGUGAAAGUUAUCUGUAUCAAGUUUCAAAAUAGAAGAUUUUCUGCAACUUUAGGAAAAAUAACUUCUUUGCUGGGAAAGCAAUGCUCUAUCAGACAGUAUAUGAAUGGAUCCAGAAAGUUUAAAAAAAGUAUACAUAAAUGGUUUUUUUUUUUUUUU